UCCGCCCUCCUCCCGGGCAGCAGCGGGACUCUGGGUGCGCCGACGGGAAGUCGCGGCUGCCAGCGAAGCGGACAGCUCGGCUCUGUCCCCCACGCCAGCCCGAGGCUGCGUAGGCCGCGCGGAGAGGGGUUUCACGUCUCCGCCGAGGGGUUGUGGGAGGAAGGCAGGCAUGGUCAGCCGCACUUUACUGCCUGGAAAACAGAGACAGGACGAGUCUCUCCCCGAGUCUCUCAGCCUGUAAACGCAGCCAAGCUGGAGCCCAAGGCCAGGUGUCCUGACUCCCAGCGGGGAGCUCCCUGCACUAACCAUGAGCCGCCUGCUCUGGAAGAAGGUGGCCGGCGUCACCAUCGGGCCAGGGCCAGUUCCAGUAAUGGGUCGCUGGGCCUCCAGCUCCGGCCACGGCCCCGUCCCCAGCGACGGGCAGCUGCGGUCGCAGCAGUCGCAAGGGCCAUCCUCAGAGGGCGGGCAGCUGCGGCACAACCCCUUGCACAUCCAGAUGCUCUCCAGAGGGCUGCACGAGCAAAUCUUCGGGUGCGGAGGACAGAAGCUGGACGAGGCCGCCGUGCGCCGCAGCAUAGAGCACUUGCGGAGGCACGGGCUCUGGGGCCAGCCGGCCACGCCCUUGCCAGACGUGGAGUUGCGCCUGCCGCCGCUCUACGGGGGCAACCUGGACCAGCACUUCCGCCUCCUGGCCCAGAAGCAGAGCUUGCCUUACCUGGAGGCGGCCAACUUGCUGCUGCAGGCCCAGCUGCCCCCGCAGCCCCAGAGCUGGGCCUGGGCGGAGGGCUGGACGCGGUACGGCCCCGAGGGGGAGGCCGUACCCGUGGCCAUCCCCGAGGAGCGGGCCCUGGUGUUCGACGUGGAGGUCUGCUUGGCAGAGGGAACUUGCCCCACGUUGGCGGUGGCCAUAUCCCCCUCGGCCUGGUAUUCCUGGUGCAGCCGGCGGCUGGUGGAAGAGCGUUACUCUUGGACCAGCCAGCUGUCGCCGGCUGACCUCAUUCCACUAGAGGUCCCUUCUGGUGCCAGCAGCUCCACCCAGCAGGAUUGGUGGGAGCAGUUGGUGGUGGGGCACAACGUUUGCUUUGAUCGGGCCCAUAUCAGGGAGCAGUACCGGAUCCAGGGCUCUCGCAUGCGCUUUCUGGAUACCAUGAGCAUGCACAUGGCCAUCUCAGGGCUGAGCAGCUUCCAGCGAAGUCUGUGGAUGGCCACCAAGCAGGGCAAGCACAAGGCCCAGCACCCUACACAACGAGGCCAGAAGUCCCUAGGCAAAGCCAGUGGCCCAGAGAUCUCCUGCUGGGAUUGGGUGGACAUUAGCAGUGUCAACAACCUAGCGGAUGUGCACAGCCUCUAUGUGGGGGGACCUCCCUUGGAGAAGGAGGCCCGUGAGCUAUUCGUCAAGGGCAGCAUGAAGGACAUCCAGGAGAACUUCCAGGACCUGAUGCGGUACUGUGCCCAGGACGUGUGGGCCACCUAUGAGGUUUUCCAGCAGCAGAUGCCGCUCUUCUUGGAGAGGUGCCCUCACCCAGUGACUCUGGCCGGCAUGCUGGAGAUGGGGGUCUCCUACUUGCCGGUCAACCAGAAUUGGGAGCGUUACCUAGCGGAGGCGCAGAGCACCUAUGAGGAGCUGCAGCGGGAGAUGAAAAAGUCGCUGAUGGACCUGGCCAAUGAUGCCUGCCAGCUGCUCUCAGGAGAGAGGUACAAGGAAGACCCCUGGCUCUGGGACCUGGAGUGGGACCUGCAAGAGUUUAAGCAGAAGAAGGCAAAGAAGGUGAAGAAGGAGCCAGUCACAGCCAGCAAGUUGCCCACCGAGGGGCCUGGGGCCCCUGGGGAUCCCAUGGACCAGGAAGACCCUGGCCCCCCCAGCGAGGAAGAGGAGUUUCGGCAAAAUGUCACAGCCCGUGCCUGCUUGCAGAAGCUGAAGGCCACCACAGAGCUCCUGCCCAAGCGGCCCCAGCACCUUCCUGGACACCCCAGGUGGUACCGGAAGCUCUGCCCCAGGCUAGAUGACCCAGCGUGGACCCCGGGCCCCAGCCUCCUCAGCCUGCAGAUGCGGGUCACACCUAAACUCAUGGCGAUGACGUGGGAUGGCUUUCCCCUGCACUACUCAGAGCACCAUGGCUGGGGCUACCUGGUGCCUGGGCGUCGGGACAACCUGGCUGAGGUGCCAGAGUCGGCCGGGGUGGCCUGCCCCUACAGAGCCAUCGAGUCACUGUACCAGAAGCGCUGUGUGGAACAGGGGAAGCAGCAGCUACAGCCCCAGGCAGCAGGCUUGGCCGAGGAGUUCUUGCUCACCGACAGCAGUGCCAUGUGGCAGACAGUUGAAGAGCUGGGCUGCUUAGACCCGGAGGCCGAGACCAAUGUGGAGAACCUACUCGCUGCAGGGCCAGCUUUUCCCCUAGCACUGACUGCUGCUAGUGGCCCCGAAGGCAGCCAGCCCACGUAUCACCAUGGCAAUGGACCCUACAACGAUGUGAACAUCCCUGGCUGCUGGUUUUUCAAGCUGCCUCAUAAGGAUGGUAACAGCUUUAAUGUGGGCAGCCCCUUUGCCAAGGACUUCCUGCCCAAGAUGGAGGAUGGCACUCUGCAGGCUGGCCCAGGAGGUGCCAGUGGGCCCCGUGCCCUGGAAAUCAAUAAAAUGAUCUCUUUUUGGAGGAACGCCCAUAAACGUAUCAGCUCCCAGAUGGUAGUGUGGCUGCCCAGGUCAGCUCUGCCCCGUGCUGUGACCAGGCACCUGAGCUAUGAUGAGGAAGGCCGCUAUGGGGCCAUCCUGCCCCAGGUGGUGACUGCUGGCACCAUCACCCGCCGGGCCGUGGAGCCUACGUGGCUCACUGCCAGCAAUGCCCGGCCAGACCGUGUAGGCAGUGAACUGAAAGCCAUGGUGCAGGCCCCGCCUGGCUAUGUCCUUGUGGGUGCUGAUGUGGACUCCCAGGAGCUGUGGAUUGCAGCGGUGCUCGGAGACGCCCACUUCGCUGGCAUCCACGGCUGCACGGCCUUUGGGUGGAUGACGUUACAGGGCAAGAAAAGCAGCGGCACUGAUCUUCACAGUAAGACGGCCUCCACUGCAGGCAUCAGCCGAGAGCAUGCCAAGGUCUUCAACUACGGCCGCAUCUACGGGGCUGGGCAGCCCUUUGCUGAGCGCUUGCUAAUGCAGUUCAACCACCGGCUCACAAAGCGGGAGGCGUCCGAGAAGGCCCAGCAGAUGUACGCUGUCACCAAAGGCCUGCGCUGGUAUCGGCUGACAGAAGAGGGCGAGUGGCUGGUGCAACAGUUGGCCCUCCCUGUGGACAGGACUGAGGAUGGCUGGGUUUCCCUGCAGGACUUGCGCAAGAUCCAGAGGGAGGCUACAAGGAAGUCACGCAGGAAGAAGUGGGAGGUGGCUGCUGAGCGAGCAUGGAGGGGGGGCACAGAGUCGGAAAUGUUCAACAAGCUGGAGAGCAUCGCCAUGUCAGACACACCACAAACCCCGGUGCUCGGCUGCCGCAUCAGCCGUGCCCUGGAGCCCUCGACUGUCCAGGAGCAGUUUAUGACGAGCCGAGUGAACUGGGUGGUACAGAGCUCCGCCGUGGACUACUUGCACCUCAUGCUGGUGGCCAUGAAGUGGCUGUUUGAGGAGUUUGCCAUCGAUGGCCGCUUCUGCAUCAGCAUCCACGAUGAGGUUCGCUACCUGGUGCGGGAGGAGGAUCGCUACCGUGCUGCCCUGGCCUUGCAGAUCACCAACCUCCUGACCAGGUGCAUGUUUGCCUACAAGCUGGGUCUGAAUGAUUUGCCCCAGUCAGUCGCCUUUUUCAGUGCGGUCGAUAUCGACCGGUGCCUCAGGAAGGAAGUGACCAUGGAUUGUAAAACCCCCUCCAACCCAACUGGGAUGGAGAGGAGAUACGGGAUUCCACAGGGAGAAGCACUGGAUAUUUACCAGAUAAUCGAACUCACCAAAGGCUCCUUGGAAAAGCAAAGCCAGCCUGGCCCGUAGCUCCGCCUGGAAGCCCUG